GGGGGGUUCUUGCUGGGGGCAGGAGCGCGCUCGGUGCAAGGUUAAAUUCCGGACUGGCGGUUUUCAGCACCGAUCAGUGUGUGAGCACGCUGGCCGGUGUGUGAGCCUCUCCUAGGUGGGUGCAGGGGAAGUGGUUCUCAUUAGUGUGAGAUUUGGAAGGCGUUUGUGUGUGUUAGCGCUGUGAGCGGUAAUGGGGGCAGUUCACUCACUGCCUUGGUUUGGAGCUUGUUCACAAGGCCGGGCUGCUGCUCUGAGCCUCGCUGGGGUGCCCUGGCUGUGCUGACCCGGGACAGGGAAUGUGCUCUGGCGAACGUGUCCAGCAUCCCGCAGCGCCGCUGCUGCGGGGUCAAGCGGCAGUGUGAAGGAGGCAGUCUGUGUGUGCCCACGCUGAAGGAAGAGAUCAGCUAUUUUUAGCAGCAGAACGCGGUGAGAGGUCCGGGAGAGCGACUUAGGAAUGUCUCAGCCGUAGGGCCGGACGCUGAAGUCAGACAGCAGUGGGUUGCAGAUCUGUGACAAGUUUGGGCUCCUCGCCUUCCUUUGUCUCCUUGCAUGGCCUUUUGUAAGCACGGAGGAUGGAAGAGUGCCCUUGGGCCAUGACAGUGCUUUUGUUUGUCUCCCACUACCCAAGGAGAGAGAGACUUUACUUUAACCCACGUUUGAGGAGACGCCGAGGCAGGAGGAGCAGGUCUCCUUGAGCGGCUCCGUGUGAGUUUUUCCAGAGGCAGUCUGGUGAACACGUGGAUUGCAGUGAUUUUAGGUUGGCUCAGCCCAGCAUUGGGCAGGGCUCGGUACUUCCUGGCAGCACUCCCAGGAGCACAGCAAAAGCUGUGCUUCCUUCCUCAGCCUGUGUCUGCUGGAAUCCUGUACCUGGGACUGUGCCUUCCUUCCCCCACGCUCCUGGGCUCUGUCUGCAGGGAGCAAUCCUUGGAGAGAUUGCUAGAUUUGGAAGUUAAGUUCUGGACAUCUAGCAGGGAAGAUGGGCAGGUGUAAAUUAUAAACAGCAGGCAGAAUUGAAAUUGCUUCAGGGGAAAAGAAGACAUGAUUUUUUGUUAGUGUACUGAAACAGCUCGUCCUUUUCUCUGUGCCUUGACUGGUGCAGUCCAGGUUUAUCUGCCAGGCAAGGACCGUUUGAAAAUUGCACCUUGCUCAAGUGCAAAAGCAAGGUAGCAAGGUUUUAUUGGAGCAGCUUUGGUAAUUUAAGUGAUAAGCCUCCUGGGCUGGGCCUGCAAGGGGAGAAAGUCCAAGGCUCCGGAGCAGAAGAGUCAUUUCCGUGUGCCUGAUGAAGUGUGUGCUCAUGUCUCACGUGGUGUGGAAGGGCUUAUGAGACUCCCUUUGCUGCUUGGCUAAAAUGGAGAAACAGAGAAUGGUGAUGGAUACUUUUUUUUUGUAGUCAAAUGUCUUCUGUCAGUUUAAAGUUCCAAUAAACUAUCCCUGGUUUUAUUUUGUGCAGAUGUGUCACAUUACCCAAAGAAGUUCCACUUUCUCGUUUCCAAAAAUAUGUAGCAUAUUUUGGCGGUUUCAUCACACAAGUGCAUCCCACUGGUGCAGCUGCAGUAAGACAAUUAGUGAUGAAAAAUACCAAGACCCUUUCCAACUUGGUAGAAAAGACUUGAAGAAUCUCUAUGAAGAUAUUAAAAAGGAAUUGCUGGUCUCUGCAGCAGAACUUAAGGAAAUGUGUGAUUAUUACUUUGAUGGGAAAGGAAAGGCCUUUCGACCAAUGAUUGUGGUGCUAAUGGCUCGGGCUUGCAACAUUCACCAUAAUAAUUCCAAGGAGGUGCAAGCAAGCCAGCGCUCUGUGGCCAUAAUUGCUGAGAUGAUCCAUACAGCCAGUCUAGUUCAUGAUGAUGUCAUUGAUGAUGCAAAUUCUCGCAGAGGAAAAAGGACACUUAAUCAAAUCUGGGGAGAAAGGAAAGCUGUUCUAGCUGGCGACUUCAUCCUCUCAGCUGCUUCUGUAGCUUUAGCACGAAUUGGAAAUACCACUAUCAUCUCAGUUCUAACUCAGGUGAUUGAAGAUCUGGUGCGUGGUGAAUUCCUCCAGCUGGGUUCCAAGGAAAACGAGAAUGAGAGAUUUGCUCACUACCUCGAGAAGACUUUUAAGAAGACGGCGAGUCUGAUAGCAAACAGUUGUAAAGCAGUUUCAAUUCUAGGCUGCCCUGAUCCCAAAGUUCAUGAGAUUGCAUACCAGUAUGGAAAAAACGUUGGCAUAGCUUUUCAGCUGAUAGAUGAUGUGCUGGAUUUUACAUCGUGUGCUGACCAUCUGGGGAAACCAACAGCAGCAGAUCUCAAGCUUGGAUUGGCCACAGGCCCCGUCUUGUUUGCCUGUAGACAGUUUCCAGAAAUGAAUGCUAUGAUAAUGAGGAGAUUCAGUAAGCCAGGAGAUGUUGAACGUGCAUGGAAAUAUGUGUUGCAGAGUGAUGGUGUGCAGCAGACCACCUACCUCGCCCAGCGCUACUGCCACGCGGCCACGCGCGAGAUCCGCAAGCUGCGGCCGUCCCCCGAGAGAGAGGCCCUGGUGCACCUGACAGAGAUGGUGCUCACGCGCGACAAGUGAGGGACCUCCUUCCACUCCUUCUGGCAGCUACUUUACCAGACUGUGCCUACAUUUAUUUCAAAAGUUAUUUGCUUCCAACACAAGCUACCAAAAAUUAUUUUUUUAAAAAAAAAACCUCUUUUUUUUUUGAAAGUUUUACUUUCUUUUUUUUUAAAACAAAAGUUUAAAGUGUUUUACUGCAGGAAGCCAUGCAAGUCAGAGCAAAUCAAACUGUGCUGUACAAUUGUUUUAGUGGGGGCUAUUGAUUGUGGGGGAUGGGGAAGAUGUUUACAUGUUGAUGCACAAAGGCCACAAUGAGAAUAAAUAUAAAUCAGUGUAUGAAAAUGGAA